CGCGAAAAUGGUCCACGCACAAAGAGACCUAGUGGAGCUCGACCUAACAGAAAACGUAUUACGUAGCGUCCAAUUAUAUUACACCCCCAUGCUCGUCUACUUCGGUUCACUGGGAAAUUGUCUCUCGGUGAUCGUGUUCUUUGGAACGAAACUCUGUCAAUACUCGUCGAGUAUUUAUCUCGGUGCAUUAGCUAUAAGCGACACAGGUUUCUUGAUAUCGGUUUUCGUUGUCUGGUUGAACAUGGUCGAAGUUGGCUUGUUCAAUCGACCAGGUUUCUGCCAAUUUUUCAUCUACCUAACUACACUUUGCAGCUUCAUGAGCGUUUGGCUCGUAGUUGCGUUCACCAUUGAGAGGUUUAUAGCUGUGCAAUAUCCACUCUAUCGGCAGUCGAUGUGUACCGUCGCCAGGGCAAAACUAACGGUCGCUAUAUUGACCGUAUUGGGUGUUAUUCUGUGCAGUCCGGUUUUAUGGUUUUCUGCACCGCGGUUACAACAUAACGAAAAGGGAAACGUGACCGAGUGCCAUUUGGCGGAGGGACUGGAAUCUUGGGCGAUCGUUUACAAUGUGAUCGACACGGUACUAACUUUCGCGAUACCAUUCACGGUGAUCAUUAUCCUGAACGUGCUGAUUGCACGGGCUAUCUAUAGACAUAUCAAAAUUAGAAAAUCUCUGACCAACGAACCGCGCAUCGUGAAAGAGAGACAGCCGUGCGUGCAAAACUUCCGGAACAAUUUGGCGCAAACGAAGAUCACCAAGAUGCUGCUCGUCGUCUCCAGCGCAUUCCUCUGCUUCAAUCUGCCUGCUUACGUUCUGAGGAUUCACGCCUUUUUACAUUUUCAGGAGGAUAAUAAUGCACCUCGAUCGGUCGAGAUGGCGCAACAAGUUUGUAACUUGUUGUUCAAUACAAACUUUGGGAUUAAUUUUAUCCUAUAUUGCGCAACGGGACAGAAUUUUCGGAGAGCGAUACGAUCUAUGUUCUUGAAACGAUUUCACCGGAAAAAUGUGACUGUAACACAAGUGUCGAAUCAAGGAACACAAAAUGUUUCGAGCUUCACACGGCCUACUUCGGGAACGACACGUCGUCAUGCAAUUGUAUUUACUGAGCCAUGGGAAGAAUUUCAUGAGCUAAAUGUUAGAGUAAAGAAUGUAACAUCUAUUUAAGACGGCGAAGUGAGCGGGCAAAUCUUAUAAACUUACUGGUCUCCGGUUCUGUAGCUGGAA